AACAACAGGUGGAUUAUUUUUGCUUUAUUGGCGGAUGACAGAUGCUCGACUCGAGAAUUACAAACCAGCAUUUUGAGUGAGAAGCGUUCUGUCUCCUGUUAAUUCUUGGCAUUUUUUAGAGAUCACGUCUGUCUGGCAUUGGACGCCACCGCUGGGAUUUUAUACAUAAAGCAGCUAACACUGAUGACCUGUCUAACUGAACUGUGCGGCUUUUAAGUUUCAAACUUACACUUGACGUGACUGACUGAUUAUCCUUAUUGGGGAUGCAAACCUUGAUAUCCUCUGUUUCUCAUCAUGAAUGCUUUAGAUUUGGAUUUACAAACCGUUUUCAGGCUGUUAAAUACAGGCGCUGCUUCUAAUCUGUGUAGUAAAGACCUCGCCACUAGAAUUUCAUCGUGUCUUAGCCCUCAAACAGCAAGUGUCUUUGUCACAGAUACUGCCAUUAUUUGCUUGUGUCUUACUCUAACUGAGAAAAUCAUCACCGGCCUGUCAUGUCAGAGUCUGCCACAAGAUGUCAGAGUAUUCUGUGAAGAUGUCAUGAGGAGUCUGUUUGGAGAAAUGGAUCUGAUGGCAAAACUGGUCUCCCUUCUCGGCUGCCAAGUCCAGCUGGUGUCUCAUUUAUCUGCAAAGUGUAUUUCAGCAUAUGUCAUCAAUGAUAUUUGCAUCACUGGAAGUAGCUGCUUUCGUUGGAAACACACAUGUGCUGAAGUGUUUCAGAAAUCAACUCCCAGCAGUGAACUGGAUUGCUGUCUGUGGUCACUAACUGCUGUGAUCAAAGGAGUGCUGAGAGCAGAUUGUCAGACCAAAAAAGAUGUUUUGAUGAAGCUGCUUGCUGUAUUGGAUGCCGCUGUCACUUACUUGUACACCAACAUUCUCCCUCAAGACACAUUGGAACCUCACAAAACCAAACUGACAAAUCUUUCUAAAACCACAUAUGCGUUCUUUGACCUCCUUGAAGUCCUCAGCGCUGCUCGGCUCAGAUGUGGGGUCUGUUCCUCUGUGCAAAGAACCAUUUUCAUUCAGUCACAAGUGCUCCUGCACAUCAUGAGAGCUGACGUGGAAUAUUUAGUAAAGAAACGAGUGUUGCUUCUUCUGAAAAGAAUUCUUCUGCGGAGAGCAGGGGAUGACUGGGCUUUAGGUGAUGUGUGCACUGCAGUACAUGAAGAUGGCAGACUGACUGAGGACAUGCUGGCCAUGGCAGAAGCUGUCCUACAGGAAGUGGAUGCUGGCUGGCUAAAGGACGUUCCUGUGAAAGCUCAGGCCAGUUUUUUUGGUGGGAACUGUGAUGUGGGUCUCAGUGGCACACAGAAAGAUGAUGUGAUGCUGAGAGCAUUGUGCCUGAUUUUGCUGAAGUCGCUAGAAAUAAACAUCCAGUUUCCUUGUGUGAAAGGAGCUCAGAGUAACAUUGACAUUCAGCAGUAUUUUAUAGAGCUCAUGUCAUUCCUCUCACAUCAUGGGACUCUUCUGUCUCCAGACACUCACAGCUGUUCCUGGGUGUCUGUAGUGUUUGCUGAGCAGGAUGAUGACAUGAUGGAGUCAGCCAAAGCCUUGAUUGCCUUGUAUUUGUACCAGAAAAGUUUGAGUUCCUCAGACUCAGGGGUUUGUAUCUGGGGCUGUAAUCCCCACUGUCAUUUUAUUCUCCUGCUCCGGUCCCUUUUCUUCGACCACACUGUGCUACUGGACUUCCUCAUCUCAACUGAAACUUGUUUUCUGGAGUACUGUGUCCGUUACCUGAAAAUCCUCAGUGACGACUGGAGGGGGUUUUGUAGGUCUUGUCGUCAUGUUGAAGAUUGUGAUGGUGCAACUGUGACGUUCCAAGCUGAUAUUGAUAUUGCAAAAACAUCUGAAUCAUCUCAUGUCCCUUGCACAAGACCUUCAACAGGAAGUGAUGUCAUAGCUGGAUCAGUACCACGACUGGUUGAUUAUGGGAGCUCAGACGAAUCAGAGGCAGAAGCAUCUUUUUGCCCAUCUGUAACAGUGCUGGAGCAAGUUGAGACUGAACAUGUGUCUGAAUAUCUUUUUGGCAAAGUGGUUGUGUGUCUUGUGGAUUUGAGGACUGCAAUAGCGAGACUGCAUAACAGGGGUCUCUUCCCCUACAACCCUACCUCACUUCUAAAACUAUUAAAUAACAUAGAAACUAAGAGAAACAUGGUUAGGUAGACCUAGCUUCAAAGCUAACUAACACAGACAAAUUAAAAUCAGAUGCACAUGCAAUCUGCAGCCACAGAUCUCCACUGAAAUUUCUGAACAUUUGCAGAAAUUUAAACUUUAAACACUUCUUCCACCCCAUUGUGUGUUUGCUAAUUUAAUACUUUGACUAUUUUUAAAAUGGUUUCAGCUACCAAUAAGAGUUUAGUACUCUCUUUAGCUGUAGUUUAUAGUAGUUGCUCUGUUUUACCAUAAAGAGUUAUGAACUUCAGUGAAAUGUUCUUUUGGUGUUAGUGCAGUCCAGGGUACAUGGCAUGCAGAUAAAUUAAUUUUGAGCAGUAUUUCUGCGACUGAAUAAUAAGCAGUAACCCUGUUUGUUGCAUUGUGUUCUGUCAACCCAUUUUGACAUAAAUGAUUGAUGAUAUAGAAGCUGCUCCGAUAACGCAAUAAAUAAUAUUUU